AAAAAAAACAACAAAAAAAAGAACAACAACAACAAAAAAACCUGCCAAGAAUGUUAUAAAAGUUAGCGACUGGAAGGACUGGGUCUCUUUGCCUGCAGCCACCUCACCAGAAGCUUGAAGCAGAGGCAGUGUCCAACGGCAAAUAAGUCACCAUGACCCACCAGUUUCCAGCUCUAUCACCAGAGCAGAAGAAGGCUCUUUCAGACAUUGCUCAGAGGAUUGUGGCUUCAGGAAAAGGGAUCUUAGCCGCAGAUGAAUCGGUCGGUACCAUGGGAAAUAGGCUGCAGAGGAUCAAUGUGGAAAACACAGAGGAGAAUCGUCGAGCUUUUCGAGAAAUCCUCUUCUCUUCUGAUGCUUCCAUCAGCAAGAGCAUUGGAGGAGUGAUCCUUUUCCAUGAGACACUCUAUCAGAAAGACAGCAGUGGAAAGCCAUUUCCAGCUAUCAUCAAAGAAAAAGGGAUGGUGGUGGGAAUAAAGCUGGAUGCAGGCACUGCACCUCUGGCAGGAACAAAUGGAGAAACCACCAUCCAAGGACUUGACAAACUGGCUGAGCGCUGUGCCCAGUACAAGAAAGAUGGUGCUGACUUUGGCAAGUGGCGUGCAGUGUUGAAGAUCAGUAGCACAACGCCCUCUCAACUUGCCAUCCAAGAGAAUGCCAACACCUUGGCACGUUACGCCAGCAUCUGCCAGCAGAAUGGGUUGGUGCCCAUUGUGGAGCCAGAAGUCUUACCUGAUGGUGACCACGAUCUCCAACGCUGUCAGUAUGUCACAGAAAAGGUUCUGGCUGCUGUCUACAAGGCCUUGAACGACCAUCAUGUCUACCUGGAGGGAACUCUGCUGAAACCCAACAUGGUGACAGCUGGGCAUUCCUGCCCCAAGAAGUACACCCCUCAGGAUGUGGCUGUAGCAACUGUCACUACUCUCCUCCGCACUGUUCCUGCUGCUGUUCCUGGAAUCUGCUUCCUGUCUGGAGGUCAAAGUGAAGAGGAGGCUUCUCUCAACCUGAAUGCCAUGAAUCAGUCCCCUCUGCCUAAGCCUUGGAAACUGACCUUCUCAUAUGGGAGAGCUCUGCAAGCCUCUGCCCUGGCAGCAUGGCUUGGCAAAUCAGAGAACAAGAAGGCUGCACAGGAAGCCUUCUGCAAGCGGGCUCAGAUUAAUAGUUUGGCUUGCAGAGGACAGUAUGUCACAUCUGGGAAGAGUGACGCAGCUGCCACACAGUCACUUUUCACUGCCAGCUACACUUAUUGAAAGCACAGGAAUCUGCAUUUGUCCUGUCCUUCUCCACAAGGUGGAAGAUGCUCAGAAAUGAAAGAAAAACAAAGAAACCUGAUUUCCCUUUCCCUGAACAAAACUGGAAAUGGAUUAGUUUACUCUCCUACCUUGGCUUCCACAAUUUACAAAGGGGAUAUUCUUUUUUUUCACUUACACUUUCAAAAAACAUAAUUCUUUCCACACAAGAAACAUCUAACACUGAAUCACAAAUCCACUCUCCUAGUUUAAACUUAAUUCCCAGAGUAGUAGUAGUUCCCUAGUAACUCAGAUAGAUACCCCCAUUACCUCACUUUGCAGUCAAAUCCUGAAUUAUAGAACCUAUGUGUAUCAUUAGUUGUGUGAAUAAAACAAUAAUUAAAAUCCAA